AUGGCGCGCAGCUCCAACCUGCUGGUGUUGGCUGUGGUGGCAUGCGCCACCUACAUGCUGCUGCCCAGUGAGAGCUUCACUGCUCCCCAGGUGUUGCGUGGCAGCACGCAGCACGAGGCUGGAGCCUUGGCACAGGCCCCCACUUUCCAGACUGAGGGCCGUGCUGUGCAGGUGAGCAUGGCCGCGACAGGUGGCGAACCCCAGAGGCUUCCUUUGGUCCUCGUUGGCCUCCUGGCGGGCACCGCGGCUGUUGGCAUCCUGGCUCUCUUCUUCUAUGGCUCCUACUCUGGUGCCGGCAGCGGUGAAUUGCAACUGAUGGCGCGUAGCUCCAACCUGCUGGUGUUGGCUGUGGUGGCAUGCGCCACCUACAUGCUGCUGCCCAGUGAGAGCUUCACUGCUCCCCAGGUGUUGCGUGGCAGCACGCAGCACGAGGCUGGAGCCUUGGCACAGGCCCCCACUUUCCAGACUGAGGGCCGUGCUGUGCAGGUGAGCAUGGCCGCGACAGGUGGCGAACCUCAGAGGCUUCCUUUGGUCCUCGUUGGCCUCCUGGCGGGCACCGCGGCUGUUGGCAUCCUGGCUCUCUUCUUCUAUGGCUCCUACUCUGAAGAUCCGAUGGCGCGUAGCUCCAACCUGCUGGUGUUGGCUGUGGUGGCAUGCGCCACCUACAUGCUGCUGCCCAGUGAGAGCUUCACUGCUCCCCAGGUGUUGCGUGGCAGCACGCAGCACGAGGCUGGAGCCUUGGCACAGGCCCCCACUUUCCAGACUGAGGGCCGUGCUGUGCAGGUGAGCAUGGCCGCGACAGGUGGCGAACCUCAGAGGCUUCCUUUGGUCCUCGUUGGCCUCCUGGCGGGCACCGCGGCUGUUGGCAUCCUGGCUCUCUUCUUCUAUGGCUCCUACUCUGGAGAGGCUGCACAGCCACAAAAGAAGGUGAAGAAGGAACCCGCCCAGCCGGGCCGUCGUGCGGAAAAGAGGAAUCCGCCGGCCAAUGAGAGCAGCCCACCGCUGGCGUCGGCCAUGUUGGCACCCUCUCCCGCCCGGGCCAUGGCCCUGGCACCCGAGCCGAAGGCAAAGCGCCGCCGACGCACCAUGGAUGGCAUCGCUUGGGCAUUGAGUGAGGUGCGCAACCAGUUGGAAAAGAUCUGUGACGUGGAAGGAGUGCGGGAUUUGUUGGGUCGCUUCCCCGAGUGCGUCCUGCUGGGUGGCAUCGCUGCACGUCGGGGCACCAGGAAGGACGGGAUUCACGGUCGGGAGCUCAUGUCCGGGCUGCUGGGAGAGACCGCGGUGGCACAAGCUGCCUCAGCCGUUCUGGUCCAGCCGGGCAUGCGACAGCCCAUUGCUUUGGAACUCAGGUGCAGCAACGCGGACCUCGGCCAUCCGCAGGCGCCAGAAGCCGAAAGUUGGCUGCGGGGUGUGCAGAACGCCACACAGCAGGCCUUGGGACAACGCCUGAAAUUGGAGUCCCUGCGCCUUCGACUCUCUGCGGCAGGUUGUGCCAACCUGGAUGUGGUGGAUCUGCCAGAGAAGUGCUCCAUGCUCGCAGAGCCGCCCUUGAAAAUUGAGGAGAUGCGAAUGAAGCACAUGGGCUCGGCCUGUAAUUUGUUGGUUUGUUUGGAGCAGGGACCGCCCUUGGAGCUCUGCAAGAGGUUCGAUCCGCAACUAGUUCGCACGCUGUUGGUGGGCGCUGCGGCCUCCAGCGUGUCUUCUGGAGGUGAUGAUUCCUUGCCAGCGUCCAUCCUAUGCGGCCCAGAUGCUGCAACAUGUCUGGAGGAGCGGUUCUCCAGCCUUUGCAGGGAGAGAGCGCCGCAGUGGUUAUCCAAUCUAGAGCGACUGGAGGGGCGACUCAUGAAGUCCAGCAAGGAAGCACGAGAGUUGGCCCACAAGGAGAGUACCUUGGAGUUGUUGAGCAAAGCCCGAUACGCUGGCUUCUCCUUUGGCCGCGCACUACAGGAGGUCAUCCAAGGUACUCCAGGCUGCAACGCUGGAGCGUCGACCUUGGAAGAGGAGCUCCUGGACUUUGCCGCCUCGGCCGCCAUGGGCCACUGCGGUGCGGGCGACUUUUUGCUGGGGCAGGAUGCCGCCGCUGCUGCUGCGGCGGUCUUCGAGAGCUUCGGUGGUGUGGAGGGCUACACAACGUAUCUGCGAAACGAAGUGAAGAUCCCGGGUGCGGACGUGGCGCUUAAUGGCGGUGCGUCCUGGCGGCGCCUGCUGGCAGAGGUGGAGGUGGCGGUGCGCUUGGCACAUCCACCCCAGGAGUCGCUAAAGAACUUUGCGGUUGCAGCCAUUUGUGCAGGAGGCACCGGCAUGCAUGGGCAUCAACGCUGGGAGGAUGUUGCCUCGAAACUGAUGCUGACGAUUGCUUUCGAGCCGCUGUUGCUGCGGCUUCGCUAUGUGACUGCCAGGGUGAUCUGGCUCUUGCGGCAACAGAAGUUGGCCGUCUCGGAGUGGAUGUCCUUCUUGGCUGAAGGGCCGGGCGCCAGGAUUUCAUCUCCACUCUUCACGCAGCAUCUGACCGCCAUGCGUUCCUCGCCGGUGGUCCGAGAUCUCGUCUAUGGUGCCUUCGAUGAUGCCGUUGGAGCCGUAGGUUCGAUGCCGAUGGCGGUGGGAAUGAAUGGUUCAGCCUUUUUGAAGGUGUUUGAAUGGGAAAAUGUCUAG